GUAAAACUGACAAAAUUGUGAAAUUACAAAUGGAGUAAUACAAUGACUGAAAAGACUCGUUCAAUUUGAAGAUUCCAAUCGACCGAAACCAUGAUUACAAAUAUGGAAGUGAAACGUACUUGGAAAUAUUUAUGAAAAUGAGACACUGAUAGCUCAGUUAUAGAGACAUAGAGCGGGGGCGAGUCGAACUUUGAGCGGAAAUCUGCCGGGCAAGAUGUCUACGGCGCGCCGGCCCUCCCUCCCGCCGAUGCCGGAUCUCUCUCACUUGAAGGAGGACGAGCGGAAGAUCAUCGAGGACGUUCUCCGCCGACAGAGGGAAGAGGAGGAACGCGAACAGGACAUGAUCCGGUAUGCUGCUCGCCCCUGCCCGCCGCCAUCUUGGAUUUCCAGGGGGCGCCAAGGGGGAGUGGAUUUAGUGGCAUCUGGGUUUAAGCCUGGGCAAAUGCAGAUGGAGUUUGACACAUAUCGUCAGACCGUGGAGAAAGUUGGUGAGGAAGUGAAGCGUUCAGAAAACGCUGACACAGGCGCUGUAUGUGAUAUCUGUCGGAAAACCAAGUUUGCUGAUGGCGUCGGGCACAAGUGUACAUACUGUAACCUCAAGUCUUGUGCGCGGUGUGGGGGUCGGGUCACCGUCAAAAAUAAGGCAUUGUGGGCCUGCAACCUGUGCAAGAAGAAACAGGAGAUACUAGCAAAGACGGGACAAUGGUAUCAUGGUGGAAUGGCGCGUCCGGUGGGGAUCGAGGAGGUGAUCGACACAUCACAGAGCAUGGGGGAUCUCACACGCUCUGAGUCUGGAUUUACACAGCUUAACGAUAAGCGCCAAAAGUACAAUGACAAAAGUGAAAGUGGCCAUACUAGUUCAGAGAAAGAAAAUAUUGACAAGUCUGAUCGGACUGAUAAUAAUCGAGGUCAGAUGACUCGACAAGGCUCCCAAUUACGUAGACAAUAUUCACUCGAUGCUCAAAGGGGAAAAACAGGGGAUGUUAGCCCAAAUAAGGACCCUGGUGAUAGGCAAGGGGUCCAAGGGGGGGAUAGACUAAGAGAAAGGGGAAAUAAUGUUCCGUUAAAUGAACGUGGGCGAGCGCGGGAUAAAUCUCCGGCUCGUCAUAGACAUCACUCAGAGUCUAGACUCUCGGAAACCGACAAAAGAUAUAUUGCUCAUGAACGAGGUGAGUUUGAACGUUUCGGGGGUCGAAGUCCCCGUGAAGCGUUGGGUAAUAGAACAGGGGACAAUAGAGAUAAUAAAGGGCGCCACCCAGAGGAACGGGAACCAAGAAGGGCCCCUAAAGAGGGCCAGGAACGGCUGAAUCCAGAACGAGAAAUCAUCAAAAAAGAAUCGGCACAACGGACUAGAUCCAUGAAAGAUAGCCCUAGUCCUAGGCAUUCAAUUGACGAGAAAUCCACAGGCGAUGAAAGGGAGAGACGGAAAGAGCCGCCCGAUAGAUAUCGACAGUCGCCCGUAGAUAAUUUUAGCACUCGGUCACAUGACCGACCCCUCCAUGACUAUGCAGAUACUAAACGUGAACGCAGAGGCUCUCGUGAACGUGUCAUAGACGAUUAUAAAUCCACCAGUAAAGGACAUGCUAGUGAUCGCGAGAGGGAGAGAGAUCGUGAACGUGAUCGCCUCAGUGAUCAAGGUUUGUCGAAAUCUUCUCACAAAUCUAGCCUGGAUAAUGUUUCGCGCUCCGGUUCCCGUAGGGAACACCGCUCACCACCCCAGAUGCAAGACCGCCAGUACCGGUCCCCGCCUCAGCACCGACACUUCAUACACAUUGAACAGGCGAGUGACACGCAGGUUAGUGCUAAUGAGGAAACACAGGAAACAGACCUUAGCAAACAG